AUGUUUAUCGGAGGCCUCAAUUGGGAAACCACUGAUCAAUCUCUUAAGGACUACUUUUCGCAGUUUGGUGAAGUUCAAGAAUGUACAGUAAUGCGUGACGGCGCCACUGGUCGAUCGAGAGGCUUUGGCUUUCUCACAUUUAAAGACCCCAAGACUGUGAAUACGGUAAUGGUUAAAGAACACUAUUUAGAUGGCAAGAUAAUUGAUCCCAAGCGAGCCAUUCCCCGAGAUGAACAGGAAAGAACCAGCAAAAUAUUUGUCGGUGGAGUUAGCCAAGACGCAAACGAACAAGACUUCAAGAAGUUUUUUAUGCAGUUUGGGCGAGUUGUGGAUGCGACUCUUAUGAUCGAUAAGGAUACGGGCCGUCCUCGAGGUUUUGGUUUCGUGACCUUUGAUAGCGAAGCCGCUGUCGAAGCGUGCCUCUCCCAACCAUUAGAAAUUCUCGGCAAGCCGAUUGAAGUGAAGAAGGCACAGCCUCGGGGGAACCUGAGAGAUGAGGAUGACCGCAGGUUGCGUGCUCGAGGCUUUCAAGGCGAUCGGUUCAAAGACGAAAAGUCGGGGUCGACGGACGUUUCACAGCAGGGUGCGCAAGGCCAGACUAAUCUCGCCAAUACCAUGACACCUCAAAUGAUGGCUCAGUAUUGGCAACGUAUGCAGCAGUAUUUUGCUAUGAUGCAACAGCAAAUGGCGCUUGCGGCAGCACAGGGCCAGGGGAUGGCUGGCGCUGCUGCAAUGGGUGGAAUGAAUCCUGCCAUGGCGCAGCAAAUGCAACAGUUGAAGCAAAUGCAGCAAAUGAAUCCCAUGGCCGGGGGCCAACCACAAGGAGCAGCCAUGAACCAGCCAGCUCAAGGCGCAGUUCCACAAGGAAUGCAAGGGAUGAUGAACCCAAUGAUGAUGCAACAGAUGCAACAAAUGCAACAAAUGCAACAAUUACAGCAAAUGCAACAGAUGCAAAAUCAACCUCAAGGUGGACCUGGGUACGGUGGGCCUGGAAUGGGAGGUCAAAUGUCUGGCGCUAAACCUGGGAAUAUGAAUCAGGGCAUGACCAGUGGUCCUGGCGCAAUGGGAGGAGGGAACUUCAGUGGGCCGAGAGGAGGUCCAGGAUACAACGCCCAGGAGCAGCUCGCAUUCGAACAGCAGAAGUACGAGCAGCAGCAACAAGUGCGUCGUGUUAUAGACCCACGCAAUUACGGUGGAUAUCAGCAAGGAACUACCGGCAAUUGGGACAAUGGGUACGAGGAGCAGCCGAACAUCCCAACUGGACCCCAGGCGGGAAUGGGACGCGGGCAACCAGCUGGCCGUGGUGGCAUGUCCCCAAGCCCAGGACUUGCACCCAAGCAGCCACAAAAGAUUCCGACACCACAACCCCAAAGCUCCCCCCCUGCAAAUGCUCCAACAGGUCCGCGAAAUGCGGGAAAGCCUGGGGCCAAUUAUCGCGGUGGUGGACGAGGUGUUCAUCGAGGCUUCCAUCCUUAUGCACGAGGCUAGUUCAAAUGCGCCGUUCGGCUCGUUUUAGUCGACAUCAUGAUUGAGCGACCUCUCGGGUAUGGUAUCGCAGGACUGUGUUAUUCUAUUGCUUCGAUAAUUCUUUUUGUUUCCCUCCCCCUCUUCUUAUUGUGCUUUGCUUAACUAUGUGUUUCACCAAUAAUUUAAACAACCCGUGUAUGACUUUUCUUUUCAACUGUUGCUAGUGGGAGGUUAAGAUGUGCUGGUGUUGUUUCGUGCCCUAUUUAUUCCUUGUUGAACCCAGCAAUGCCUACAGGAGCUCGGGUGGAAAAGACCAGAUUGCAUAUUUUCUCGUAUUCAUCACGAUGGUUUCACUCUGUUUAUGGCCUUGUCACGUUUGUCUGACCCUUUUCCUAUCAAG